AUGGGCAUGUAUAACGGCCAGGAAGAGCACGAUAACCUUGUAUGGGACAAGAACGAUGAAGAUUUCGAGGCAGCACAGCAACAACUACGAUUAAAGACCUUCUGUCGCAAAGUUGAAGGGUUCGUCCAACAGAAGUUUGGAAAACCAGUAACGCUCAUUUCACCCUUGAUAAUUGGAGGCUUCAAUAUUCUUUACCGGGUACGAGUGGAAGAUAUGUCCCCAGAUGUUAUGGUACGAGUGCCAUGCCCGAGCCUCGUUCAGUUUCCCGUCGAGAAAACAAUGUAUGAGGCGGCCACUGCUUCUUUUCUAGUGAGUCAGACUCAAUUGCCAAUUCCAAGCCCUUUGUUCUUCGGAAAAGACCCAGAUGAUGAGAGAGCCGCUAUGGAACCCUUUGUACAGAGGAAGUUGGCUGAGUCCAAGGAUAGGCUUAUCGUCGAAUGGGACGAGACUGAGGCACAGGAGCGUUUUUCUGAGCUCCUGUUCAACUAG